CGCCUGGGUUCUCAGCAGUAAUGCCCCCCCAGGAGUGCGCCGGGGAGCCACUGUUCCUGCUGUUCUGUGCCAUCAAGCAGCAGAUGGAGAAGGGGCCGAUGGACGCGGUGACGGGGGAGGCGCGGUACUCGCUGAGCGAGGACAAGCUCAUCCGCCAGCAGAUCGACUACAAGACCCUGACGCUGUACUGUGCCAGCCCUGACCCCCCUGGUGGCCCCGAGGUGCCCGUGAAGGUGCUGAACUGCGACACCGUCACCCAGGCCAAGGAGAAGCUGCUGGAUGCUGUGUACAGGGGGGUCCCCCAUUCCCAGCGCCCCCGGGCUGAUGACACGGAGCUGGGUACGGGGGAGAUGGGGGGUACGGGGGGUCCCUGUUCCCAGCGCCCCCAGGCUGACAACACGGAGCUGG